GUUCAUCAAACCAUACUGUUGAAAACGGUAAAAUGCAAAAGUUCAGGUAUUCCUAUGAAAUGUACGACCACAAUCUCAUCUACGUUCGAUGGCUGGCCGAUGUAUGUGGCGUCGAUAUGAUGGUGGAGAAUUACAAAAUAAACUAUCGCACAGUUGCAACUCUGUUCCUGAUAUCUUUCACCGUAGUUAAUUUGGGUUAUAGUUGCUGGUUUCAUUAUCCAAACUGGCACGUCAUAAUGGAGCUAAUGAUGGUCUUUUCGUUUUGCUUGCAGGGAGCUAACAAAUUCUACAAUGCUUACAUUCAUCGUCAUUUCUUCAUUCUAAUGUAUGGUCGUCUCAGAAAUCUUCACUACAAAUAUCAACAUCAUCGAGAAAACAACGCCCAACUGCUACUGUUAAUGCAAAGAAUUCAUUUGAUCUCUAAAGGAAUUUUUGUGCUUUUCGGUUUGGGUGCAUGUUCUUACUUCAUUUAUCCAGUAUUCAAUUACUGGCGUUACCGACGGUUAGAACUUUUGAUUUCGGUCAGACUUCCUGGGAUUGAUGCAGAUUCGCACUACGGCUACAUUAUAACCAUGGCUUAUCAAAUUUUCAUGAUGGUUGCGGCAGUGUUCGGAAUGGCUGCUGCCGAUUCAGCCAUUCUUCUCUUCGUUUGCAGCCUGGCAGGAUUUGUGGAUGUUUUCAAAAAUGAACUGCGUGAGCUGGACAUGAUGCUUGUGCAAAAUCCUAGAGAUGAAAGCAAAAUAAGGCGGAAAGUCAGAGAAAUAUGCGUACAACAUUUCACUGUCAUUGAAUACGAAUCCGAUUUGGAUGAGAGAUACUUCACUACGUGUUUCGUCCAAGUUGUUUCAACUACAAUUGGUCUCAGCGGUGCCUUGUUUCUGGCGUACAUAGUGAGAUACAUUCCUGGAUUUGCACUGAUGCUAGUGUUAACUGCACAAUUGCUGGAGUUCUGUUUGCUUGGGACAGUUUUGUAUGUUAAGAAUGAAGAAAUAACAGAGGCAAUUUAUGGAACCAGCUGGCACUUGAUGGAGAAACCUCAGCAAAGAUGUUUCGCUCUGAUGUUGCAUAAAAGUCAGAACUUCGUUGAAAUGACUGUUGGUGGACUCGCACCAUUGAACAUGGAGACAUUUGUUGCGAUUAUGAAAUCGAUUUAUUCAUAUUUCACAAUGCUGAUAAGUUUCAUCAAGUGAUUUUGCUGAUUGGAAGUCUAGUUUAUUAUACACGAUAGGAUUCAGCUAUGAACUAAGUUUUUUCGUGUGAUUUGGACUUAGUCUUAUGCAAUGUACGAAAAAUAAACCACUUGAAAUCACAUACCAAUGAAUCACAGAAAGAUAAUCAGUAUCAUGUAUCAGAAGGCUGGCUCUAGAAACAAGCCAUGCUUGUUCGUUAAUGACAAGUACAUCUAAACAGAUAUCCCAUUGAUUUGGUUUUGAUUGAAUUGUUCUAAAAAAAUGCGAAAAUACAUUGAAGGAAUUAAAAAGGAAUUGAAAUACACGGGUUUACGGUUACAAGUUUCAUCAAUGGCUUGCUUUCAAUAACC